AUUAACCAAUAUCAACCGUAAAAGCGAUCACACAACGUUUCACGGGAGAGAUCAGAGAGAGAGAGAGAAGCUAGCGAAGAAGACUUUGAAAGAAUCGAAGAGAGUGAUCGAUCGAAGAUGGCGAUGGAAGUAGCAACACCGGCUCCGGCACCUAUCCCAUCGGAGAGGAACAUCGUUCUCGCUCCGGUCACAACUGUUGAAUCCCACAAGAAGAACAGGAUCCAGGUCUCCAACACCAAGAAGCCUCUCUUCUUUUACGUUAACCUCGCCAAGAGGUACAUUCAGCAAUACAACGAGGUUGAGCUUUCUGCACUUCGAAUGGCAAUCACCACUGUGGUGACAAUCUCUGAGAUCUUGAAGAACAAUGGCAUGGCUACAGAGAAAAAGGUGCUAACAUCCACUGUGGGAAUGAAAGAUGAGACCAAAGGAAGGAUGGUUCAGAAGGCAAAGAUUGAGAUAGUGUUGGGCAAAUCAGACAAGUUUGACUCAUUGGUGCCACCAGUGACCAACGGCAAGACCCCGGAGGAGGCAGCUAAUGCAGAGACGCAGGCGGAUGAGAAAGCGCAAGAAGUUGCCGCCGCUACUGAGGUCUAAUAUGGAAGCGGUUGUGAGGGACACUACAGAAGAAGGAAAAGAUUUCUUUGUACCCUAUGUUUUGCUGCUUUUGUUUCUUUUGUGACAUAUAUCGAACAUAAUACGCUAGUUAUGAAUGAUAGUAAUUGUUAGUUUAGCAAGAUACAGUAACCUUCACUCUCUGUUUCCGUUUAGCAUUUUGAACAAUAUGGAUAAACAAUAUGUUACUAUGAUUU